GAGUAGCUCCUCAAUCACUGCGUGGCAUACCGGCAGGUUUUGGUGGCCAGCAGCAGCAACAACAGCAGCAACAACAACAAGCUGGGAGGGCAGUAUCAAACAGGUUACCAAAUGGCAAAAUAGGUAGGGACACUCAGCUCCGUCUCCAUGUGUGUGGUGUGACUGGGUACAGGGGGGUGGUGCCAGCAGGAAGACCUGAUGUUAACGUGGAAUUUCUUGGAAUAUACAGGCAGUAAUGGAUCUGGCUGGGCAUUUGGAGGAGGAGUGCCCAUGGGAGGUGCUGGUCUGCCAAAUCAAGCCCGUCAACUUGGAGGAAAUGUGAGCUUUGCACAGAGCUUAAGCGGGUCGCAACCGGCAACGCCGCUGGACCUUUCCGAAUUUCCAUCCCUCUCCAACAACGCCCAGAUGAACACCACCGGCCAAUCAAACAUGUGGUCAUCAACAGCGUCGCGAAACCUGGGUGCUGGUCCAGUGCCGCGCAACCAGCAGUCGACGCCACUGUCGGCUCAGAGCGGCCAGGACGAGCUCUUCACGCCAACUUCGGCUCGCCAAGGCGCCUUCCGCUUCGGUGGCCAGAGCAGCGCAGGUCCGGCGCCUCAAGCCCAAUCUAAUCCCGUGGACGAUUUUCCGCCCUUGAACAGAAACUCAAACGGCGAAAUCGGCGGUGAGCGAAGUGCUAACCUGAUGCCCUCGUUGGGUUUUGGUGGCAGCCAGGCGAGCGGCUCAACCGCCGCGAUACCUCCUGCCCGAAGCGCAGGUGCCGGCAACGGUCUUCUCAAUGCGCUCUCCGCGAACAGCAGAACUUCAGAUGGUCGCUCACCUUCCAUCGCUAGCGUGCAAGAUCAAGCAAGAAUACAAGAGGCAUCGGCCGAAAGAGGCAACUCUUUCUCUGAAGAGACUGGUGGCGACAGCGCAUCUCAGUCGGUAGAGACCAGGAACCCUCCUGGAGCAAUUGGCAACGACGCAGUCACUGGCAACGGCAAGGCCAAAGAGGAGAAGGAAGGCCAAUCGCCCGACGUGCAGGACCCUCUGGCGGGAAUGGCGCCUAUCGACAAAUUCGGCAUGAAGGGUUUGCGUGUGCUCAUGAACAACUACCCUAGUUAUGGCGCCCUGAUGCAGGGAAUGGACCCCAACGAGUUCGGACUUAACGUCAACUCACCAGAUCUCAUCUCCACGCAGAUCUACUCUCUCUUCGACGACACGCCUCCGCGUCCCGCGAUUCCCAGUGUCCGGCUUCCUGAGUGUUACAAGGUGACCAAUGUGCAACCGAUUGAGACCAAGAUUCCGUCGUUUAACGAGGAAACCCUGUUCUGGAUCUUCUACAGCUGUACACAGGACGUCAAGCAACAAUUGGCUGCAGUCGAGUUGCACAGCCGAAACUGGCGUUGGCACAAGAAGCUGCAUUUCUGGCUGACCAAAGACGAGCUCAUGAUGCCCGCUAGCCUUGGUCCCCACCAUGAACGCGGCUACUACAUCGUCUGGGACACCACCAACUGGCGCAAGGAGCGGAGAGAACUCACUCUCCACUACGGUGACCUGGAGACGAAUCUGGCACAACCGGUUGCAUAGUUGGUUUGGGGUUUAUGGUUCAUUGGCUUUCUCGUUUUAUUGACGAGGCUGGAAACGACUUGGUACCUGGGCACUGGGCAUGAGACCCGACAGGCGUUAAGUCAUGUUGAUACGGCAUGGUUUUACAGGCUUCUGGUAUGAAGCUGGCCAGGCAAAUGGCAGCCGCCGCAUAUCUGCCGCUGCUUUGUGUGUAUGAAUCACUGAUCAAUGGGAGUUACCCACGGCCGUCAAACGAAGGGAAAUAAAAUGACGACGCCGAUGCUGCGAACGAAAACUGUCUUCUAUU